CUUGCGACGAGCACAACAAGUGCGCGCAUGCAAAAAGCCCCGGAGCCCAGUGGUUUUCAAAAGCUAAAAGCCAAAGCCGAAACCAGUGCCAGUGCCCAAAAAAAGUCCCUUCUGUGUAGUGCAGUGUAGUGUAAGCGAGAGUGAAAGUGAAAGUGCAUCCUUCGCAGCAACAGUGGGAGUGAAAGGCUGGGCAGGACACCUGCCGGCGAGGUCCUUGCUCUGCGAGUGCGAGCGAUCCGCAGGAGUUCCCUUAUAUCAAUUAGCUGCGCGCGUUCAAUCAAACAUGUAACUCCCUUUCCCUGAUUUCGGAAAACCUGCGAUCGAUAUUUGCCUAGGUUUAGAGUUUCGGUGGUGGUGGUGCCAAAAAAGUAGAACCCCCCAGAUUUAAACCCCCCAAACGAGCCACCGAUAAAUUGUAUGCCAUUUAUUUUUGUGAAGAUAAUCAAAUCGCUCAAGUGCUAUCGAGUGCCCAUUUUGGAUUUCAAUCUAAGGCUUAACCAGGCUAAAAAACCCCAUCUGCCCUUCUGCAGCUGGACCCAAUCAAUACGGAAAUAUGAAUAGGUUUUGGAUAAUCGCUUUACUUUUAGGAUUACAGCAAACAAAGCCAAUAACUGGACAAUCGGAUGUGGAGGUGCAAUUAGUGGUGCCCCGGUAUGUGGAACGCGGAUCGAGUGCCACCUUCAAGUGCCGGCACAAUGUCCAGCCGGAAAUACUGUUCAAGGUGACAUGGCUGAAGGUUGACAAGGGCAAGUUCUUUGAAUUCAUAAACGGAAGGAAUCCGCCAUUCCGCAACUCGACCAUCGAGGGGGCCGAAAUCGAUUGGGACAACUCGAAUGAGCAGCAGGUGACCCUCAAGGAUGUCCAGUUCGAUCUAUCCGGGCAGUUCUACUGCGAGGUCUCCACGGAUACGCCCAUUUUCACCAAGGCCAGCGCCGACGAGCUGAUGAGCGUGUUCUUGCCCCAGACGGGUCCGCCCACCAUAAGGUUUCGCAAAAGGACGCCCUUCGCGGUGGGCGAGAAACUGUUCGCCCUGUGCAACACCACCCGUGGUCGCCCCGCCCCCCACAUCACGUGGCUAAUCAAUGGGAAAAAGGUGGAGGACAAGUACGUGCGCACCCACCACGCCUACUCGUUCAAUGGGAAGCACCAGCGCCGCACGCAGCAGCAGCAGCAGACGCAGCUGAGUCAGCAGCAGCUGCAGCAGCAGUACUACCAGCAGCAGUACUUCAACCAGUACCACCAGCAGUACCACGUCCCCGUGGGCCAGUACAUCGACCGAUACGACAAGAGCCUACGCUGGCCGGCAGGAGCACGAGCGGAUGAGUUCCCGCACUUUUUGUCGCACCACCACGAGGGGCACGGUCACCAUGGCAGCCUCUACAACAAUCCCUUUGUCCUGGCCAACUACCACGAUGUGGGUGAGUUCCACGAGGUGCACCAGCGCAACUACGACAGCAACAACAAGAAGAUGAUGGAGAUCAAGAAGCAGCAGCAGAUGGAGAUGAAGAAGCACAGGAACAGCAACCGCAAGUACCGGCGCCACAUAAACGAGAACGCCCUGGGCAUCAUCCGCAGCACUUUGAACAGCGGUGGCUUCGGUCCGCAGGCCCCUAACAUGAACAAGGAGCUGGGAAUUCCGUCGAACGCAGGACCCAUGAACCAGCUGGCAGCGGGAUACCAGCGACCCCUCUCGCAUCCCGGCGGCGGAAGCGGAGUGGCUGCAGCCGCCGCGGCCGUGACAGCCGCCCAGCAGGAGAAGGGCAUGUUCAGCAUCAGCCAGCUGAACAUCGAGCUCACCGAGGAGCACGUGGGCACCAACAGCCGCAUGGAGAUCACCUGCCUGUCCACCAUUCCCGCCACCGUGGGCCAGGGCGAGCAGUACGCCGACUACAAGACCUACUCGGUGAAAGUUGAGGUCGAGCGCCAAGUGGCCUCCUCCACGUCGACGGCCCCGCCGAGCAUCGGGAUGGCGGCGCUGGGCAAUGGAAAUGGACACGGCAACGAGACCUCCGCAGGACGAAGGACCAACGGCCAGGUGGUGACGCACCUGUGGUCGCUGGCGCAGCUCCUGCUGCUCGUCCUGCUGCCCCUCGGCUACUAGAGGAUGCAUUAUGCAGGAGGCAGGAUGCUGGAGAGGAGAAGACCACCGACAUACUCGCACAGAAGGCAUAGUUAAAGCCAAGCCAAGGGCAACCACAUCAUCAUCCCACUUCCCAUCAAGGACAAAGGCAGCAAAAGCAGCAGCAGCAUCAUCGGAAAAAACCAAGUUGGAAUUUUUGUAAAUUGUACACCGCAUUUUUAAUCCUUUCCCAAGCAUGAGGCUCAAUCGAGCAGCUAAAUUAGUGCAGCUCAAAAAAAAAGAAAGGGCCACAAAGACAAUGGACUAAGAGAACAUUUUUAGCAUUCGUGCUCGCCCUGGUCGGCCAAUUUAAAUAGUUUACUUGUAAAUAACUGCAGAUGACCGAGGGUGGAUUUUCCCCUACUUUUUUUGUAUGGCCGCAAAGCCAAAGAGAAAUGUUUGUAAUUAAGUUGCAGUCGGUUGGGAAAUUGUAAGAAUGCUUUCAGUCCAGUCGGCCAGCGGCCAUUUUUUUACAGUCCAAUCCAAGGAGAAUUUUGUAUAGCUAAUUGAACAUAAGUUUUCGGGAGAGGCGACUGCAACUCUGACAUCAAGGAAAUUAAACCAAAGUUUUUGCGCCCUCUCAAGGUCAAGGGCGUGGUGCUCCGUGGUGCCCCACUGAGUUCCCUUCAUUUUGGCCUUGUCAUGGAAAAACCCAGAGAAACUCAAUCCCAAAUAGCCAGAAUUGAUUGGGGGCUAACAUUUUUAGGCGUUUCAAAGCAGUCGCUACGAAGCUUGUACCUAAAAUGCAUGAACUUAGUGCAGUAGCAGAGAAAAACGUAAAACGAAAAUCGAAUAACAAAACACUCAAAGGAAACAUAUUUUUUACGGUAUUGUAGCGCUUGGGCUAGUCAGAAAUGAGGAAAGGAUAGGGAUGUGGCUAACUGAGGGUAGGCUAAGAUUAGGGCAAUUGAAUUUAGGAGCCGGCAGCAGCAAGCUAAAUACGAGUACCGUACCCCCCGGAAACCGAGAACCCCCCGGAAAUAAAACGUUUAAAUGUAAAAUAAUUAGACAGUUAAACCAAGAAGCUUACAGAAACAAUCAGUGUUGAAAACAUUUUGAGAAAACAACCAAAACAAAAGAAAAGGAAGGCGGAACCCGAAGGAAAAGGCGCCGAAAAGGGCGCAAUCUGCGGCGCGUGGUGACCCCGAAAAUGGGAAAGGGUCACCAGUCUCAGCCCCAGAGGGCUGGAACCAUCUUAAUGGGUAACCCACUCCGCUUCACUUUACGACGCUUAUUUAUUUAUUCUCGUUUGGAACCCUUAAUUUUCGGUUCGUUGUGUGUAAAUGGUUAUCGUUGCAAUGGAUCGUUUAGUGUGUAGUUAGGAAAAUAUUUGUUUCGGUUGAAAUUUAAUUUUUUGGCGGCCUAGUCGCAGUGCUUAACGGUACUUAAGUACGGAUGCAUUUCUUGUGUAUUUAGGAGGUUUAUUUCAAGCGCGCUUUAAGUGUCUAUGGCUAAAGAACCAUUUUAAACACGUAGCAUAACAAUGUAACUAUGUAAAGCAAGAUGAUAGCAACCACGGACAACCCGGCAAAGUAAAUAUAUGUAAAGCAAUUAGUGGACUAGUCUAUACUCUUUAAAAAAAACCAAAAAAAUUAUAAAAAUGAGCGUCUGUAUUGUGUGUGUAAUUAGGCUUCUAUUUUUGACUUCUACUCGACGGCGAAAUGCAAAACCAAACAUAAAUUUAGUAAUACAACUAAGCCUGCUGCGUUCUCCUACAGUUUGAACAAGCGAAAUCAGUUAGAGCAAACGAUUAACAAUUAACAAACAACAAUUACAACCGCAAAUUGCAAAUUGCAAGAUCUUGCCACAGUUGUUUCAACAAUUUUCCAAGGGUUGUCCUCAUUGUGAGAACAUAAAAGUAGUUUCUUGGCCAGUGAUACGUUUCCUGGCCAAUGAGUACAGCAACCGGAUAAUGCUUGAACGAACUACAAAAUUUUUUAUAAACGAAAUAUACUUAAUUAUGAUAACGGUGACAUCACGUAUAAAUAAUUGAAAACAAAGUUCAUAUUAUGUAUGAAAAUAUGGCUAAAAUGUCUUAUGCAGGUAUUGACGUCUUCCUAUGCUACGCUGUCUAUUAUUAACAGAAAAACAAAUUGAUUACAUUUAUAAAUUAUACAUUACGAAUAGGUGUGCAUGCAAAUUUACUGAUUGCAUACACUAAGAACUAAAUAAAAAAAGAGAAAU